AUGGGUAUUUGUGGAUCAAAAGAGAGUAGUGGUGACUCAGGAGCUGCCCACCCAGCAGCCCGUCAGGCGAAUCACGGGAAAAACAGGAGACCUGGAGUUGAACCUCUCAGUCAGAAAAGAGAGGGAAACCAAAAGCAGGCGCAAAAUCAAAACAGUUCCAAUGUGAACAGCACGGGUAGUAAAGGAGAUUCUGCCUUGAACAUUUCUAAAGCAGAAAAAGCGGGAUCCAUCCCAAGCCAGACCCCAACUGCGCAUGCGCGGGCAGUUAAUAAUGAUGAAAAAACUGGUGCGAGCACGAAGGAUAAGGAAGUGAAAGUGCUACUUUUGGGGGCGGGUGAAAGUGGGAAAUCAACGAUCAUUCAGCAAUUAAAAAUAUUGCAUCAAAACGGGUUCACACAUGAGGAAUUACUGGAGUAUAGAUCGGUCGUCUAUAGAAAUAUUUUGGAUAUUGGCAGGGAUCUUUUACAAGCAAGAAAAAAGUUCCAGAUUGAGUUGGAGGAGGAUAGUGGUGUGACACAGGAAGACAUUGAUAAAAUCUAUUGGUAUGAUGAAGCUAAGGAAUCAUCAGAUGGUUCAGAACCGGAAAGUGAGGUAAACGACGAAAAGGCCAAAGAACUCAAUAACACACCUACUUUAGCAGCAUUAACACGAUUUCCCGCCGAUAUAUCUGCAACGUUCUCGAAAAUAUGGAAUCUUUCCUCAACGAAGGACUUGCUAAAUGGACCAUUGAGAUCAAAAUUCUAUUUAAUGGACUCAGCACAGUACUUCAUGGAGAACUUACCAAGAAUCUCAGAACCUGACUAUCUGCCAAGUGAACAGGAUAUUUUGCGCUCAAGACAAAAAACUUCAGGAAUUUUCGAUAGUGUCUUCGAUGUUGGGUCGAACUUGAAGUUACAUAUAUAUGAUGUUGGCGGACAAAGAUCAGAGCGCAAGAAAUGGAUUCAUUGUUUUGAUAAUGUUACUUUGAUUAUAUUCUGUGUUUCGUUGUCAGAGUAUAAUCAAUUGUUAUUAGAAGAUCAAUCUCAAAACAGAUUUCAAGAAUCUUUAGUGCUUUUUGAUAAUGUUAUCAAUAGUAGAUGGUUUGCACGUACUUCAGUGGUUUUAUUUUUGAAUAAAAUUGAUCUCUUCGCUGAAAAACUACAAAAAGUUCCAUUGGAGACAUAUUUUCCGGAUUACACAGGCGGUAAAGAUAUAAAUAAGGCCGCAAAAUACAUUCUAUGGAGGUUUAUCCAACUGAAUCGGGCAAACUUAAGCAUCUAUCCUCAUGUGACACAGGCCACUGAUACCUCAAACAUUAAACUAGUAUUUGCUGCAAUAAAGGAAACUCUAUUGGAGAAUACUCUGAAGGAUACCGGUGUACUGUAA